AUGUACUCUGCCGAGCUCGUUUACAUUACCCCCUACCUCAUGUCCGCCGAGAAGCGCCGCGAGGUCAACCGCAUCAACAGCGCUGCCUCGUCUCGCAAGAACUCGGUCGUCGACACCACCUCCGCCUCCACCUCGGCCGCUCCCUCGCGCUCCGCCUCACCGGCGCCCAAGAAGAAGGAGAAGAAGCAGUUUGACCCGCUGCACUCGGCCGUCAAGAUGAGCAUGAACGGGCGCCUCCUGUAA